UACACGCAUUCUGCGCUCUGUGAAUAAGUUUGCCACUCUGUUAUGCGAUGUGUUGUUCCAUCUAUGUACAAAAUGGCGGACGGAGGUCUCAUCAUUUAACCCUGUCUUUGUACAAUUUUUUAACUACCCAUAUCUUUAUUUACAGAAUCUACCGACAAGUCUAUUAGCUAAAUAAGACGAACAAAUAAGAAGUUCAAUCGUUCGAAAAUGACAUUAGUUGGUAAAGGUGUUCCAAUUAAUUUGACGAUUUCAAUUAGAGCGGAAUAGCUUUGAAGUGGCGUCAAUCGGAAUAUUAUAUUCGCGCGAAAACAAGGUAGUUUCGCCGAUAGAACAUUGACAGAUGACACGCGUUGAAAAUGUUAAACGUGGGAAAUUGUUUAUCGGGAAUAUAGGAGAUACGUCAUUUACGAUAUCAACCGAAUGACAAUGAUACUGGGUGGUACAUUAAUUUCUACCCUGGUGGACGCGAUACGUAUGAUUUUCAUUUCAAUCUUUCACAAAAAAAGUAGGCAGAAAUUUUACGGUUCACGUUUCGGCCAAAUAAUGGGCUGCAAAAUACAAUGCCGCAAACCUUUGGUUAAACAGCUAUUGUAAUUGCCAGAACGACACUCCGGAAUGGCAAUGUGAAUUGUUUUAUAUCGUUCUGGUAUUUGAAAAUUAAAAAUGCAUCGCCCUAAUAAAAUACCUCCAUUUUUGUGCAAGUAAGCGCAUUAAAAAAUGUGCAAUAUAAACAAAUAUAUUUUCAUUACUCUGUUUAGAAUGAGGACCAUUGCUUGGCACAAAUUAAAUUUUUUGUCAAACGUAACUCCUCAGACACCUUAUUAAAUUACUUCAAAAAAUAUGUAACGAAGAUUGUCAUAGUAAAAGUUGAAUUAAAAAUGAUUAUUUAUCUAGUUGUAAUGAACAUGUGAGUGGUGAUUAAAUUUAAUUAGCAAACUGACAUGUCGUAAUUGCACGAAGGUACCACGAGAGCAUAAUACGCGUUCAAACACGAAAAUCUGGUGCAACGCAUGGGCUCCUAAUUAUUAUUAGUUCUCGUUACCGCGAGAGAGACUAUCUCAUCGUCUCCGUCUCUAUUUCUGUUUGGGCGUGGAAUAAUGUCGUUUGGCAAUUAAGAUCCAUUCAACAGAGGGAAACGCGACGGACCGAUGCUCCGUCGAGGGUUCCAUUUUCGCCCGUGACGGUGGUGUCUCUUGUCCGACAGAGUCCCGAAUAGACGCGCAGCCACGAAGACAAUCGUACGUAGGGAAAAUCGAACGGGCGGGGAAAGCAACAAACGUAUCUAUGUAUGUGCAUGUCAAGGUGCCCCAAUUUGCGUGCGAAUACGUGGAAAAAGCUCGCUGGUGAUUUACAAUACAGCGCCUAAAUAUAGUGCUUGGCAUUGUUGAGAAAGAAAUACUUUGUGUAAAAAAAAGAAAAACGAGCGAGCGAGAACGAAACACGGAAAAGAAAGAGGCGGAUGAAAAGCGAGGGAGUACGAGAGGGAUAAAAAAAAAGCAACGUGUAAGCUUUGACUGUGCCAUCCCUGCGGCAACCGUAUAAAAAACAUAAACGAACACCGGGAUCAGUCCUCUUCCAAGAUUUACAGUCACGACCUAUUUGAACGACUUCCUCGAGUCAUCGAAAGUUUCCCGCCGACGAAGCUUGUUUCGAGACGAGAGUCCUCAAAAUUUGCGACUCCGCUCUUGCCGCUCAGAAAUUAGAUUCGCUGGAUACGGCCUGAGUUUCGAACAAAGGAUCGAACUUCGGAUAUGCAUUGUCUGGAAACGGGAUCAAGUUUUUGAUGGAUUUAAUUAAUUAUUGGAUUACCAAGUGACCGAUUCGCAGUUAUCGUAUCUUAAAUCGUAAAUGUGGUCGUUCGUAUUUAAUGUAGCUCCAGAAUGAUGUAUCAGAAUGAUGACAAAAUCUCGUCAGAGUUCCCAUACAUUUCGAAAUCGGCCAUUUGGUAUGAAACAAUCUAAUGUAAUCACGUUCCGGUAGGGAUGAUUCAAAAGCGUGCGGGAUUCAAAAUGAAUGCGUUCAAUUUAUCCUUUCGAGAGGUUCGUUGAAGCUCUUCCAUCUGUAAUAACUCGUCAGAGAUUCAUUUGGAGCGGGAUCUACACGUUUGGAAUUAGACACGUUAAUGUAAAGUGUUCCUAGAGCAAAUGGUCGAAUUCACAGACACGUGUACUACAUACGCUCCCAGGGAAUGUCUCAUACAUAGUUUCGGGUGCGCUUUAAUUUUGUUUCGUUCAUUACAGAAUUCCACCAAACGAAUCUUCGUAAAUCUAAAUUGCCUUGCUUUUAAUAUAACCGAAAGAGAUACGAACAUCGGCGUUCAACUUUCGCUAUCUAUUUAUUAAACGAUCGGUUUUUCGUUCAUUCGAUUAAAAUUCACUGAUUCGUAGGCAAUUAAAGUUUGCGCCCCGGUAAAACGUGAACAGCUCUUUUUUAUGCCUCUAUUGUUCCUCCUUUACCGCGAUAGAAUUCACAAUCCAAUUUUCGAGGGCCGAGAUAGUUUCUCUGGUUAUUACCCUCCGCCAGCAUGCAAACACAUCGAUAUUGCGAUAAAAAAGCAACCACGAAUCCGAGGUGAGUCUAAUCGCGGCACAGCCAGCGAUAAAGGACAAUGGCAAAAAAUGGCCAAUUUUAAACCUUGCCACCGUGCUAGAAUUUUUAUUGAACGUAUAAAAUACUACCUCGUAUAUAUCGCAUUACGGGCAACGUAUAAGAAGGGAUAUAUCACAGCCUAUGCAUAAUAGAAUCUAAACUCGCAGAUAAAGUGUACUCACAGUCUUUUACCUUCUGCUUAAAAUUUUUUUUGUUUUUAAAAAUAUAGCAAAUCCAGGAAGUAAAGAUCUGAGACCUUACAAAAUUUAAUUAAUAAAAGAAAUAAAAACAGUGCAUAAAAUUAAAAGUCAAGGUCAAUAUACCAGUUUUUCUACAGAUAUGAUUACGUUAAAUUCGUAGAAAUAAUAUCGAUUACCAGGUCAUACGGCGCGGAGGGUGCAAGGAGGGUGAGCCACCCUAAAACACCUAAUCCCGACCACCCGCCAUUACAAUUACCUCGUCUAUCAAGCUGUUGCCAACGAGAUAAACGAGUUUUGACACUAUUUAGCCUGUUGACGCGUGUAAAGGAAGAUAGAUCUACAUUUAUCUGCCACAUCGAUCUUAACACCGAUCUGUUACAAUAUUCGCUACCAUCGACAGCAUCGUACAAGGACAAUUACACUCCCCAUUAACAUGUCGUGAUGAGCAAUUAUUCCGUGGAUAGGCAGCUAGCAAUAAUUUGUACGCACGCCACAAUAAAUUCAUUGAAUUUAAUUAUUUAAAGCUUCUAUUAAAUUUGUACAACAGCAUAAUCAAUUCUAUACACGUGUCAAAAUGCAUAGGAAACCGCAUCGCAAAACGAGAUAAUAAAUUUAUAUUGAAUGCAUACGUCGCAAACAUGCUAGGUAACAGAUUUAGUAGUGUAAGAGAAUAAAUAUUUUUGAGCAAGUUUUUAAUAAUCGGAUAUAAACUGUUAUAUUUCACGGCAACGUUGAAAAUUUUUUACCGUUCUCAUUUAUCAGCGUUAAUUCUUCGCUAAAACUGAAUUGGUCUGGUUGGCUUUUGUUGCAGCGCGCCGGCAAUAAAUUUGCGAUUCCGAUAUCGGACCUGUUAAAAGGUUACCGAAGAAUUAAUAACCGAUCGUUCUAUAAAUAUUACUCGGGUCAAAGGGUGGACGAGGUUCGUAAUUCGUGUAGCGUGUUAACUCGAACCUUGCACCCUUCGUUAUUUACGAUCCUUGAUCAUUCCAUUCCUGAAGGGUUCGUUAAAAUAUAUACGUGGAAGUAAAUUUUCUUCAAUUCCUUGGAACGCUUCUCGCAAAAAGAUGUCACGCUACAUAAACUUACAAGUGAAGAGUUUCUUUAAAGUUCUACCUCGCGAUUAUUAGUGUUAAAUUAUUAAUAUUUGAAGUGACGUGUGCACGUGUGGUAUUGCCACGGGUUGAGUUACGCGUUGUAUUGCCACGCGUUGAAUUACGGUACGUUGUAUGGCCGCGCGUUGUGUUACCACGAAUUCAAUUACGACGCGUUUAAUUACGGCGUAUUGAAUUACGGUUGCGUUGAAUUGCAAUGCAUUGUAUCGCCACACAAUAUAUCGCCAAGCAUUUUUAAUUCCUAGAAGUCUAUAAACUAACAGAUCGUAAUCUUGAUUUAUCGCCACGAAUAUAAAACCUCUAUUAGAGAAAAAUAAUUUGAGAAGCGAAGCAGGCUUUAGAGCCGAAAAUCAGGGUUUCUAGGACAAGUCUAUUCCCGUAGCAGGCUUUUACGUCAGUUUAAUUACCAAAAACGGUGACGCAGAGUUUAGCCGCGAAAUUUAUGGCACUGCUCGUUGUUAGUGAUUGAGAUCGGAGUUACAUAUAACACCAGCUGUAGUUGGGAAGAUUAACAACGCCCCUUAACUGCAGGAUUUGACGUUCAAAGACGUCCGAGCAGCAGAGAGAAGUUUGCCAGUUAGCAAGGAAACGGAAACCCAAAGCCGGUUCCCGGGACUUUGUCGUUUACGCUCGUAUCGUAAAUACUACUGUGUGCUUUGUAAAUUGGAUGUUACAAUUCGAAUCUCCGUCGAGAUCACGAAACUGUGCUCGACUUCCGUCGCGACACUUCCUCAUUGAAGGGGUUAAUUAUUUCUCUGCUCUGCCGUGUAACUAGCAUUUUCCUCCUGACUUCUGAUUAUAGUUUCUCUUGGCAUCGGUAUAUUUUCUUUUCUCAAAUAAUUUUCUAUUCCCUGUACAAACUUAUGAACUUUGCAAUUUACUAUCACGUUAUUAAACCUACUACUUCUUUUUAUAAUUAGCCUUGUCUAAUUUUUGUGUCUAAAGUACUUAACAAUUAUUUGUACCAUGCGAAGCAUUUUUUGUUCCAACGUUUCAAAAAAAUAUUUUUAACGAUGACAGUAAUCGAGUCAGUGGUUGCCUGAUUUUUGAGAUGUUUUCUUCGAGAGAUGAUCGACGUGAACCAGAAGCACUUCUUCGGAGAGUAGAAUCGAUCGCUUGCCCCGUCUCGAUACUUUGCCCGAUUGUUCCGGUAGCUAAAGGGCGAGUACCUCUCGAGAAUAUAUAAUAGAAAUAUUGUUAAGAGGAAAACGAACGCGAAACCAAUCCAGACAUCGAUCUUAAAGAUCAUUAGGGACCUGAAGAACGGAAACGGCUCCUUUCUCUCUUCAGCAUCAUUAUCGCGAAACCUGCUUCUGCAAGGUCUAUCAUUUGGAAGUUGAACUUUUAGGAGAAAUCAAUUCAUCGAUACAUCAGUUUAAUCGCACAGAUAUUCUGGGUAUUUUAAGACAUCCACCAAUUUGAUCGACGACUGCCGUUUAGAGAAGCGAACUUCCAGGCAAUUAAAAGGAAAUAUUUAUAGUGCAAUAUUCUUGCACGGUGUAACAAAGUAAAUUACGUCUAGCAAUUAAUGGUUAAUGAAAGGAUUACGCGUCUAGCAAUUGAAAGAGAGAUUAAACGUUCUGAGGGAAGAAAUGGUGGAAUGAAAAUCCUUUGAGAAGUGAAUUGUUCGCCCGACAAAGACUUUAACGCUAGGUUCGGCCUCGACAAUUUGGCAGUUACAUCUCUACCGAUCCUCGUCGGCAUAUUGCUUGCUGCUUUAAUACUCUGCUUCUAAUAUUGCUGGGAUUGCGAUCAACUAAGGCGGACGGCGAAAAAAGGUAUGCCCUCUUUGUAAGAACGCUACGAACUCGAUUCGAAAUACGGGAAUUAAUGAAAUGUUUAACUCAAAGGAACACUGGGGAAGUAAUCAACUUCUUCGUUUUGCCGAUGUACAUUUGCAUUUUUUUAUCGUUUACGAAUUCACGUUUCCUGCUUCGCGAAAGCAAAUCGUUUCGAGCCCUUAAGUCGCGAGUCGUAGAAACGUGAGAAAGAAAAGACACACAGAGAAAAAUGCUUUUAUUUUUCCUUGACAUUUUCGUAACCUACUUUCUGGGGACGUACUAUAAAUACCGAGAUUAUCUUUCGAUAUGUUUAACCGUUAGCUAAUCAGUUGCAUCACUGUUAUUUUAACAAAAAUUAUUCGCUCGUAAUUUAUGUAUAAUUCCAUUAAUUUUCUUUUAUCUUUCUUUCGAGAAUUAUACCGUGAAUAAUAAAACUUCUCUUCGAUCUUUACAGCAAUUAGCUAAUUUGCGCUAACCUUAUUUGGUAAUAACAAUUUACUGUUCGGAGUUGGUAAUAAAAAGAACGCCAUCCUCUUAAAAUUAAUCUUCCAGCUCUAAUUCAAACAUAGUUACGGCAGAAGUUACCUUCAUAACUUACAACGCCUAUAAAUUAAAUUUUCAAGUGCUAUCCCUCAGAAGGAAGCUACUUUCAUGAGUUACAGCGGCUAUAAAUUCAAUUUUCAGGUGCUUCCCAUCAGAAAUUACAAUCUCGAGUACAUCCGACCGCGAAACCCUAAAACAAUUUCGGGAAGAAACAAUCGAAGGGUGAGAAACACGAUGCGAACGUUUACGAUGUCUAGUCACGAAGAUAUCGAUAUCCCGUUGGAAACUUUCGGCUGAUACGUGACGAGGGAAAAAAAGCAGCGAUCGACUAGUCGAUUACUAAAUAACAGGACACGCGAGCCAGCCACAUGCAAAUUCAUCGCAAAGUGUCGCGGUCCUCGCAUCGUGCUCACCCAUUGCUUUCCUUUCCUCGCGGCACGUAAGGUCAAUGGCGACUCAGAAUUUUGUCGACCGAAAAAUUGAAAAAACGAAAAUGGAAGAAGACAGAAGGGACGUUGAUACGGGAAAUUGAUUAGGUCAUCCCCGCGGUAACCAAUGGACAAACACAAAUAGUACCGAGGGAGAAAGAGUGAGCCAACUUGGGUCUGGGUUUCGAGACCACCCUUCAGUUGUUCGACCGAUUUCCUCACGCGAUAUCACCGGACUCGAAGCGAUAUACCCACGAAUCGAAACAGACAGACUACUUACGUAAUGCUAUAAAAUUAGUGAAACAAGGAGAAUCGCUUCGAAGAAACAUCGUUGCAACUUCAUAUAAAUUGAAGCAAGGAAACUCUUCAUAAGUUCAAAAUGAAACUUGGAUACUUCGUCGUUGCUGUGUUCCUUGGUUUGGAAGGAGAAUUGUUGGUCCAUGGGCAAGAAAAUGAUGGGAGAGAAUCCUCGAAAACCAGACCGGUUAAUCUUUUCAUCAUCAACGACGAAUCUAACAAAGUGGCCAACGCCAGCCUGACAGCCGCCAUGAAGGCGAUUAGAGAGAAGCAUCCUGACUACCUAGGAAAAGUGUGGGUCGUACAACUGAAUGGAACAGACAUCAACGUCACCCUGGACCGCAUCUGUAACUUAUGGGACGCCGCGGUCGAAAAAGGAGGGACGAAAGUGCCAGAUUUGGUAGUGGACACCACGACAGCUGGUCUAGGUGCCAAGAUAACGAACUCGUUCACUGCUGCCCUAGGAAUCCCGACGUUGUCCGCGCAAUACGGUCAAAAAGGAGAUCUUCUUUAUUGGCGGAAUUUGAACACCGAUCAACAAGGGUACCUGGUCCAGGUGAUGCCUCCGCUGGAUUUGUUACCCGAAGCGGUCAGACGAUUGGCUAUCCAAUUGAACAUCUCGAACGCGGCGAUUCUGUACGAUCACAAUUUCAUCAUGGAUCACAAAUACAAGAGUCUGCUGCUGAACGUGCCUACCAGACACGUCAUGAGCGAGGCUUCUCAGCAGGUGACAAAGAUGAAGAGGCAACUACCUCGUUUGAGGGAUCUUGAUAUCGUGAAUUAUUUCGUUCUCGGGGACGAGAACACUAUCAACAUAGCUCUGGAAGCUGCGGAGUCCUUAAGCUUUACCGGAAGAAAGUACGGUUGGUUCUUGCUGACUCCGGAAAUUGACAUCUGGCCGACAUGCGAAUGCGUGAACGUGACGGUCCUCUUCAUGAAGCCUAAGUUCGAGCUGAAGAAGCCUGCGGUGGAGACCGUCUUGCCAAAACCGAUUAUCUCUUCCGCUUUCUACUAUGAUCUCCUUCAGUUGGCCGUCGAAGCGAUGAAAUCGGCCUUGGACAACGGCGAAUGGCCACUGAAGCCGAAACAAAUCACGUGCGACGGAUACAAUAACACGAACACACCGGUGAGGAAGUUGGACUUCUUUGGCAAGUUGAAAGCCGCUUACGGGAACAUGACGCCAACUUAUGCCGGAAUUAGAUGGGGAACAAAGAACGGCGAGCAUCAGGCAAGCUUCGAGAUGUCCAUCCACCUGGUGAACAUCGAGCAAGAUGUUAUUUUCAGCACGGUUGAUAGCGGAUCUUGGAACGCUAGCAUCGAUUCACCUUUAGAGAUAACGAACAGUGACGUGAUGAAUACCACAGCAGUGAAGAGCUACAGGGUAGUCACCGUGCUUCAUCCCCCGUUCGUGAUGUACAACGAAGAAAAGAACGAGUACUACGGUUUCUGCAUCGACCUGUUGAACGAAAUCAAGGACACGGUGGGCUUCCAAUACGAGAUACGCGAGACCGAGGACAAACUAUACGGCAAUCUGAACCAGAACGGCAGCUGGAACGGAAUGAUAAAGGAAUUGAUCGAGAAACGAGCUGACAUCGCUCUCGGUUCACUUUGGGUGACCGCGGAAAGGGAAGUGGUGGUGGAUUUCACGGUGCCUUAUUACGAUCUGGUGGGCCUGUCCAUUAUGAUGCUGAAAACUAAGACCGACACCUCGUUAUUCAAAUUCUUGACCGUGUUGGAGAACGAAGUUUGGUUCUGCAUACUGGCGGCCUACAUUUUCACCAGCUUCCUUUUGUGGAUCUUCGAUCGCUGGUCACCGUACAGCUAUCAAAAUAACAGGGAAAAGUAUAAGAACGAUGACGAGAAGAGAGAGUUCAAUUUAAGAGAGUGUUUCUGGUUUUGUAUGACUUCUUUGACACCGCAGGGUGGCGGCGAAGCCCCGAAGAACCUCUCUGGACGGUUAGUCGCUGCCACCUGGUGGCUGUUCGGGUUCAUCAUCAUCGCCUCGUACACGGCUAAUCUAGCCGCGUUUCUGACCGUAUCCAGAUUGGAGAUACCGAUCGAGACUUUGGAGGAUCUCAGCAAACAGUAUAAAAUUCAAUAUGCCCCGGUAAUCGACUCACCGGCUUACAUUUAUUUCAAAAGGAUGGCUGCCAUCGAAUGGAGAUUCUACGACAUUUGGAAGGAGAUGAGUCUUAACGAUAGUUUAUCGGACACAGAAAGAGCCAACUUAGCAGUAUGGGAUUAUCCUGUUAGCGACAAAUACACGAAAAUGCUGCAAGCAAUGGAAGAAGCAGGUUUUCCAGCGAAUACGGAGGAAGCUUUGCGACGAGUUCGACGCCUCGAUUCGAACAACGAAUUCGCCUAUAUCGAAGAUUCUGCCACCAUCAAGUAUCUUACCAUGACAAAUUGUGAUCUGGUUCAAGUGGGAGAAGAUUUCUCCAGAAAGCCUUACGCGAUAGCGGUUCAACAGGGAUCGCCUCUGAAGGAUCAAUUUAACAACGCAAUUCUGAUACUACUGAACCAACGAAAAUUGGAGAAGUUGAAGGACAAAUGGUGGAAAAAGAAUCCUGAUAGAAAGAACUGCGACGCGGAGAACAGUCAAAGCGACGGUAUAAGUAUUCACAACAUAGGCGGUGUAUUCGUAGUGAUAUUCCUCGGUAUUAUUUUCGCUUGUCUAACUUUGGCCUUCGAGUACUGGUAUUAUCGACAUCGUACGAAUAUCACGAAGAUCAAUCGGAACAGCCCAGUCAAAGGUAAUCUACCGAAAAUAAAACCGCUCAGAUUCAAUUUACAGCCAGCUCCCACUCAUGGUUUACAAGGUACAAAUAUCAGAUCGAGAUUUUGAAGUUAUUUCUUGUAAAAAAAGAGAAGAAAAUACACGCGUUUUUCAAGAAUAUCUUUUAUUCCUGGUUGAGUCAGUAUGUUACUCUUUAGAGUUCAAUUAAAGAAAAAAAUAGAAGGGAAAGGGUCAGUUUUUUUGAAGAUGAAAAAUUUAUUAAAAAAAGAGGAGGAUAUGACUGACCUGGAAUUGUAAAUGAUAUGCACCUUCAUCAGCGUUUGCAAUGCCUUUAUUUGGUUACUCCCUUUGCGUACAUUAUUUCGCGCAGAGAAUAUGUGUUUAGAUUUCUUUUUCAUUUUCUUUAGUUUCACUUUUCUCUUCGCGUUACAUUUCAUGUACAACACCAUAAACGACCGUUUGUGUUAACAUUAACACUUUUUCUUUUUCUUAUCGCGUUUAUAUCCGCUCUCUUUCGUUUAAAAGGCAUUCAUUUUCCUAAUAACGUUCCUCUCGCGUACUUUUUAUCGGACGUAUGCAUACAUUUCUUUUUUUUCUUCUUAAUCUUCUUCUUCUUCGAGUUACGCGUUCCUUUUCAUUUUCUUCAGUACGAUCUUUUUCGUCGAUCCAAUAUUUCCUUUUAGGGAGUACAGGAAAAGCAUUGGAUACUCUGGAUUCCUUUAAAACAUGGGAUUCGGCGGAAGAUGGAUAGGGACAAAGGGAUAUUAAUCUUCUAAGGAGUUAAAUUAUAGUUAGAGGGGUAAUAAUUAAGAUAAUUCAUUAAUAAUUACGAAAAAAAAAACAACAAGAGAAUAGAAUAGUACUUUGAUGGUUCUUGGUUUAAUGUCGUGCGGCACUUUUUAUCUUUUUUUUUCCUUUUCUCUCCUUUUUUAUUUAUACUUAUAAGUACUCCGUCCUCGAAUUUGACUCUCCCAAUUUGUUCAGUAUCAUUUUUUCUUUUUUUGGCAUUUUCUUGGUUACAUUUAUUUCCUUUUUUUCUUUCUUUCUUUCUUGUUCUGCGAUGCAUCCAUUUGCAAACACACACAAUGGAACGCCUGCACAUCGGAUAAGAAACAAA